AUGAAAGAGGAGUCUGGACAAGGUCGCCUAGUACACCGGGCCGAGGGUAAGAGGCCCAAGGUUUCCCGGGCAGGCCAGGUGCAGACAAAGGCCCAGUUUACUCAAAGAGGAGGACAGUCCAGAGCGUUAGUGGGGAGUUCUCCUGGCACAGUGGUAGGGGGAUCUGCCUCCAUACCAUUAUGCAUCCACUAUGAGAGGAGGCACCGAGGAGAGUGCCGACUGUUGACUGGGGGAUGUUUCCGAUGCGGAGCUACAGACCAUUUUCUACGAGAUUGUCCCCAUAGGAGUGUUUCCACUGCCCCACCACCGACUGAGAGAUCUGUCCCUGCAGUUCAGAGGGGUAGACGACCUGCGAGACCAGAGGUGAUGGGUACCUCACAGAGACCAGCUUCUGAAACGAUUGAGCGACCCGAGGCUCGAGUAGCACCUCGUGUGUAUGCUAUGAGGGCACAGGAGGAGCCAGAGCUGGCAGACAUUGCUAGAGGUAUAUUUCUCAUUAUAAAAUUUUAG